GUGCCGCUGACUCCGGCGAGUAACCUGCGCUUCUCAGACAUGGACCACAGCUCCUCCCGGCUCACGUGGGACUCGGCCUCCAGGAAGGCCAAAGGCUACCGCAUCAUGUACGUCAAGACCAACGGAGUCCAGACCAACGAGGUGGAUGUCGGCCGCGUGACGACCUGGCUGCUCAGGAACCUGACCUCCCUGACGGAGUACACAGUCGGUGUCUUUGCCGUCUACGAUGAGGGACAAGCCGAGGCCGCGACUGACAGCUUCACCACAAAGACCGUCCCAGACCCGGUGGAUCUGAGGAGCAGCGACAUCUCCACGGACAGCUUCAGGGUCUCAUGGCAACACCCGGCCUCCGAUGUGGUGCUGUACCAGCUCUCCUGGACGUCCACAGAUGGAGGAGACAGUAACGAGGUGUGUGUGCGCGUGUGCGUGUGUGUGUGUGUGUGUGUGUGUGUGUGUGUGCGUGCGUGCGUGUGUGUGUGUUUGUGUUACUGUUUCACGUCUAGAUUUCUUCACAAAGUUGGGAAAGCUCAGGAAAGUCCCUCGACCGGUUUCCCUGCAGGAAUCUUUGAAGUUUCUGGAGAUAAUAUUUAUUUUAAAGAUCUGCUUCUGAAGUUGUUGAAAUGAACGACACACGGCGGAUUGUGCUUUCCAGCGGCGGCUUAUUCCCUGACUGUGAACAACAUUAAAGGUCGACUGCGUUGUUGUGCAGGUUUUUCAAAAGGAAGAGCUCAGUUAGCGCUGACGCAGUUUACAGCGCUGCUGAUGCACAGAAGCAGAGCUCUGCACUGCUGUGGACGAGGGCAGCAGCAGACAUCUACAACAGAAACUCUGUUUCAGUAACAGAGUUGUUAUGUUUAGAAUAUCUUCACCUCUUUUUAUUCUCGCCUGUGGCAACGCAGCGCGAGCCUCCGCAGACGGCGCGCAAGCUUUGUACAAAAUGUACGGUGAAAAAGACAACAAGUGUAGCCGGAAAAGAACGACAUAAACCUCCGUUAUGCCGAGGAGGGAUUAUCUGUAAACUCAUAUCUCAUAUUCAUGGACUACUUUACUGCCGUUGUACAAACCCUGUAGAGAAAGAAGUCAAGUGUUACACGUAUUGUAAAAGAGACGAAGGUUGAAUAUCCGCAAAGGCCGUGAUUACCUCGUCUUUUGGCUCGCACGCCUUCACUACAGCGACCAUGAACUACGCUUGAUGAUGCCUAUGAAUCUAUGAUCUCUUCAAAGCCACCAGAGUCCGUUGACAGAAACUGUGAGUUUAGUUCUCAGAACACGUGAGUUGCUGGUUUUUACAGCUGCCUCAAUCACUUAGUUAGUUUGUGUUGUUACAAAUCAACGUGGCGUCCGUCUGUCUCUUUAGGUAAUGCCCCGACGUCUUCAUGCAGGAACCUUCGUCAGCUCACAUGUGGAAUGUUUUUACAACAUUUUGAUUAAAAAAACUUGAAUCUUCAGAUUGUGAAUCCGACUGGGAAGCAACAGAAAGAUAUAAAAACCUCAAAACAACAAACUGUAAAGAAUAAAGUCAUGUAUUUAAGUGUUGUCAGGACCGUCUCUCCAUUCAUUCACUUCCUGUCCAGGUAGCACGGCCUCACGGCUGCACUCAGAUAAAUAAACUCCCGGCUGCUUCUAUUGUCUCUUUCUUUGACCUAAGAAGAUGUUUGAAGUGCAGUUGUUCUGGUAAAUUGAGAGCUUUUCUCUACAGCGUCUGAAUUAUUUGGCCUCACUCAGAGACACUUGAACUCCUUCAGAAGAGAACCGUCCCCUCAGACUCAACACGCUCCAUAUCGUUUGAUUUUCUUCUUCUUUCUCUUUUCUUUUCAUCUCUCACGAGGGAUUCUUGAUUUUCAUCGUUGUUGCUUCUACUUUCUUUUAAUCACGUGUCUGAAUAUCAACCCAUGCAGUCAAUGUCCUCACAACUACAGCAAAACAAACAUUUGAUCUAAAAUCUGAUUUAAGUUAGAUGUGAACUCACAAAGAUAGAAGUCGUCUC